UUUUUAUCGUCGUGCUCUUUUCCACAGGUUCAUUUCGGCGUCCCAUUGGAUGAUUGAGCGCACGCUCGGGGUGGAGCAGUUCCAGCAGCCAAAAGACAGGAAAAAAUGUGAGGAGUCGAGAAGGAAAAAAAGAAAAGAAGAGUUCCCGGCUGUGCAGAGAGACGCUCCUCCGGCUUCCUCACUUCCCAAAUGUUCAGUGCAGCGGCGCGCGCUCUCUCCGGUUCACCGUGGAGGACUGCGGCUUGAGGCGGGACGUUUAGGAGUGAAGCGGAGCGCGCGUGAAAGUUUGGAGACGUUUUUACGCACGGCGCAGGAUGCAGGCGCGCUACUCCGUCUCCAGCCCCAACUCUUUGGGAGUUGUUCCCUACAUCAGCGGCGACCAGAGCUACUACCGGGCGGGCGGCGGCUACACCGGCAUGCCCGCGCCCAUGAGCAUGUACUCCCACGCGGCCCACGAACAGUACCCGGCCAGCAUGGCCCGGUACGGACCGUACACCCCGCCGCACCAGCCCAAGGACAUGGUGAAGCCCCCCUACAGCUACAUCGCCCUCAUCACCAUGGCGAUCCAGAACUCCCCGGAGAAGAAGAUCACCCUGAACGGGAUUUAUCAGUUCAUCAUGGAGAGGUUCCCCUUCUACCGGGACAACAAGCAGGGCUGGCAGAACAGCAUCCGACACAACCUGUCCCUGAACGAGUGCUUCGUCAAAGUGCCCCGGGACGAUAAGAAGCCCGGGAAGGGCAGCUACUGGACCUUAGACCCGGACUCCUACAACAUGUUUGAGAACGGCAGCUUCCUGCGGCGCCGGCGGAGGUUCAAGAAGAAGGACGUGCAGAGGGAGAAGGAGGACCGGCAGGGCAAGGACUCCUCCGGGCGCCGGGAGCAGGAGCCGCCGGCGCAGGGCUCCCAGCCGGUGCGGAUCCAGGAUAUAAAGACCGAGAACGGGACCGCCACGCCGCCUCAGGCCGCCUCCCCGACCCUAGGCGCCGUGCCCAAGAUCGAGAGUCCCGACAGCAGCAGCAGCAUGUCCACGGGCAGCCCGCACAGCGUGCCCUCCACCCGCUCCCUCAGCAUGGAGGGCGCAGAGCACCACCACCAGGUCCCAGCGCAGGGCUUCAGCGUGGACAACAUCAUGACCUCCCUGAGGGGGUCCCCGCAGGCCGAGCUCUCCCCGCCGCUCAUCGCCUCCUCUCGGACAGGUAUCACCCCCUCACUGUCGCUCAAUUACUCCCCCAACCAGACGUCGGGCUACACCCCCACCUGCAACCAGAACGUCAUCUCCACGAGCCCCAGCGCCACCUACCACUGCAACAUGCAGGCCAUGAGCCUGUACGCCGGGGACAGGUCAUCGGGGGGCCACCUGGCGGCCCCCACCACAGUAGAGGAGGCCCUGCCCGACUAUUGCAUCACCACGACCACCGCGUCCCCGCUCGGCCACGGGGGCCAGGCGGGGGCCCAGGAGGGCCACCACGCGCACCAGGGCAGGCUGGCGUCCUGGUACGGGGACCUGAGCCACCUGAGCCCGGGCUACCCGGCGCAGCAGCAGAACUUCCACUCGGUUCGGGAGAUGUUCGAGUCGCAGCGGAUCGGGCUGAACGGCUCCCCGGUGAACGGGAAUAACAGCUGUCAGAUGGCCUUCCCGUCCAGCCAGUCCAUCUACCGCACAUCAGGAGCCUUUGUUUAUGACUGCAGCAAGUUCUGAGCGUCCAACAAACAACUCGAAUAUAUAUUUUCCAUAUAACUUUGAUUUUUUUGUAUUUUUUUUUUCCCCGCAUGGACACAAAAAACUUGUGUGGAAAGCUGUGUAACACCAAAACACGUAAGUUCCCUUCUCCCUCUGAGAUCUGUUCAUAAACAAAUCAGAUGUUUCUUUUUUUAAAGACUGUAAAUUAUAGCCUAAUUUAGUAAUUUAUUUUUUAGGAGAAAAAGUUGGGAAUGCUUAGGACCAAACAUUUGAAACUCCUGCUUUUAGCUGUCCCAGCUCUUGUACAGUAAGGGGAGGACUCUGUAGCCUGUACUGACCUAUUUUUAUUCACGUGUAUUUCUUGAAAUUUAUUUUUGAAGGCCUUUGUUUUGUCUAAUAAACUGUCGUUUAUUUGAUUUUAA